AUGUCCGAAACGGUCCCGGAACUACGCUUCCGAUCGGGAAAUGUCCCAACGCGCUAUUUCAAGGCAUGUCGCUGGUGCCGCAAGCAAAAAAUGCGUUGUGAUGCCCGCAAUCAGGUCCCUUGCGCCCGGUGUCGCGCCGUUGGCCGCGACUGCAUCCUAGACCCGGUUGAGAGUGCAAGGCGACAAAGUACCCGGCGGUCAUCCCCGGCUAAUCGCCCGGUGAGGCGACAACAAGCAAGGUCGCCUUGGACCGAACCACACGGGUUCGGGAGUCCUUCUCCUCGAGAACAGGAUUUUUCUACAUCCACCACUGUACAAGAUGUCCCAAUCACUGCCUCGCUCGAUUCACUGCCAGAGUCUACUGCUGCAGCGGAUUUGAGUUCACCCGGAACAGCUGAGCGACAUGCACCGGAGCACCAGCAGUUGAGUCCGAAUGACAUGAUCGCCCCAGUUUCCGUGAUGCACUCCAUGUCUGUCAAUUUGCUCGGAUCAAGCAGUAUCUUCAUGGACAACUCCAGCAAAGCAGACCCUAAAAGCGAUAUUAUCGCGCGUGGGAUCAUCAGUGAAGAGCGUGCACGGGUGAUUAAGAACUUCCUGGCACUGUUUGAUCCCAUUCGGGACACCUUCGAUUCGGUCCGCUCUCGCUCCCUCUUCUGCUUUUCGGUCAUCAUCUACCUCGCCAGUCGGGCCGUGAUGGACUUGCGGAGUGACACCCAUCUUCAGCGUGUUCUUCAAGACGAAGCGCAGAGACUGGCGGAGGAUAGUUUCUUCGAACGCCCAACCAAAGUUGAAACUGUACAAGGGAUGAUCCUGCUGGCUGCCUAUUCUGAGAAAACCUGGUUCUCGACCGCACUCAUCUUGCGUACCGCCCUCGAUUCCGGGCUCGAGAAAUCUCUAGAUGCCUUACUGUCCCAGGAAGACGUACCGCGCAGUUCUUUAUCCGCUUCCAUGGAAGACCGCCAAUCGCGCAUGUCCAUCGAAAACGCCAAGACGGUUGACGAGAUCGUAUUGGUUGAGCUGCCUGCGGUCAUGACAAGACUGCAGACUUGGUGGAACACAUGGGAUGAAAUCCAUGGCAACAACGCCUUUCAUGCUGGUGCAUUCCAGCGCUGUAGUUUGAAGUUGAUGUUGAACUACGCCCGAAUCUUCGUUCUAUGUGCCUCCCUAGCUCGCAUUCAGAAACUCCCAUCCGGUGCUGCCGAGCCCAACCAGGAGUCAACAGGUGACAAGGAUGUCUCACAUUUGUGGCGCGCUCUCGCUACGACCAUCAUGGAUCAAUUGGACUGCUUCAUCCAAGAAAGCGCCUACCGCUGCCAGCUCACGUGGGCUCCUACCUACCCAGCCUUGACCCUUGCCUUCGUCACAACUUUCGCUCUCCGGAUCGCUCGAUGGCGUCCGGACUUGAUCGACCAGGACCUCCUGCUUGAAAGGGCCCAACUGAUCUGCGAUUUUCUCAAGCAGCCGCCCUAUCCGGAUAUCCAUCGUACUGUGUCCAUCUUUGUCAACUACGGUCGCGCACUAGUCGCUAGCCAACGGGGGCAUGGGGAAUACUGUGCAGAUGUGAUAAAGCCCUCGGAGCAGACCAAUGGGCAAUUCUCAUUAGGUAGGGGGGCAUACGGAGUCCCGGUGGAUGUGUCAACAUCUUCAGGGAUGCCAUCCGAACAGGUGAACUACCCGGCAGACGCAAUGACCCCUCAGCCAGAAAAGGAACGUGGUGCCGCUGGGGUACCCAAUGCUGAAAGGACCGCGCCUGGCAGACAGCUUCCUGCUAGACUGCCGGGGCCCAUGGAAGCUCCUAAUUGGUCGAUGUGUAUGCUUGUCGACGCUAAAAGUAGAAAGAUAGCUCGAAAAUGCGGUAAGGACCUUUCAGGGGGAUAUGUGCGGUGCUCGCAUUGCCGAAGCCAGCCUGCCAUCACGCACCCAGCAGGAAAAUUGGCGCAUAACAUGCCGCUUGCUGAUCAAUCCCCGAUGGGAAAUGUUGGAUCUGAUCCACCGAGCUUGGGCAGACUCACCCAGGACAGACUUUUCCUUUCAAUGAAAGAUGGCGUGGCCUUGAAGCCAGUUUUGAACCCGGCUCCUGAUCGGCGCCGUCUCCGGGAUGCUCUGUGGCCCCGGUGCCGGACCGGCCCCGAUGCUGCAGUUGCAGAAGAUGAAGAUUCAAGACUGCUCAUUGGACCACGAAGAUCUACUGGUGGUCCAGAUUGUGGUGGACUCUUGUCGCCAAAGACCUUCAGAUAA